GCGCCGCCGCAGCCAGUCGCCGUCCCCAGCUCCGCGCAGCCCCACGCAUGCGCACUGCUCACCAACAUCACCCGGUGAAGUUUUCUCACGAGAACAGUGUUGAGACGCUCUCACUGCCGCCAGUGUCCACACGCGUAGUGAAGUGAAACCCGCCUAGUGCCGUGUUCAAUUUAUAAUCAUAAUCAACCGAGUGGUGUUUGAGAUCUCGGUCCCAGAAAUAGUAAUGAAUGUGCGGGGAACUUUGGCUGCCCGAGUUCACUACAAGUCCAGCCGCUGAUGAGUGCUGGCUGGAUGCCAGCAUGCGGGAGGAGGAGCUGGAGGUGGCGCUGAAGGUGGUGAUCGUGGGCGACGGCGGCGUGGGCAAGUCCAGCAUGAUCCAGCGCUACUGCCGCGGCACCUUCACGCGCGACUACAAGAAGACGAUAGGCGUGGACUUCUUGGAGCGACAGAUUGAGAUCGACGGCGAGGAGGUCCGCCUGAUGCUGUGGGACACGGCGGGGCAGGAGGAGUUCGACGCCAUCACCAAGGCGUACUACCGCGGCGCUCAUGCGUGUGUCCUCGCCUUUUCUACGACGGAUAGGGACUCCUUCUUGGCUUUGCAUUCGUGGAAACUCAAGGUGGAAAAUGAAUGCGGUGAAAUUCCUACAAUAAUAGUUCAAAACAAAAUAGAUUUAAUGGACCAAUGCGUCGUUGGACCAGACGAAGCGGAACUAGUGGCGCGCGCACUCGGCUGCCGGCUCAUGCGGGCGUCAGUCAAGGAGGACGUGAACGUGGGCGCCGUGUUCCGUGCGCUGGCGGCGCGGUGCCUGGCUGACAUGCGGCGCGAGGAUAGUGCGGAGCAUCUGGGGCUGCCGGCGCCGCAGCCGCUUAUAGGUACAUUUGCAAACCACAAUGGUAACGGCACGAUCCUGCUGCGGCCGGCGAAGCACCGUCCCGGGGGAAAGAAGAAAAACGUCCUCAGGAACGCCUGUAGAAUCCUUUAACCAUUUGCCCGUUUGUUAUUGGGCAACUGUGAGACAAAUAUCGCCAUGUUAAAAGAACUUAGUCAUAUAUUACAGCUGUAGUAUAGGUUUAACUGACAAAGAUCUAGGUGGCAAAUCGACAAAAUUUUGUAAGUUAGUUUUAUGAGCUCUCAUAUAAGCGGUGUUGUAAAUAUUCAUAGUCUUUGUAUAAAUUAAGUUUGCAUUUGUGCAAUGUAGGUUUAAUAUGAUAAGAUAACAUAAUUAUUUUACCGCUUCUGUAUGUUAUAAGAGUUAGGUAUGGUUUUACAUAAAUUUUAGGAAACUCUGUGUCAAAUCCAUGAAAUGUGAUUUUACCUUAUUUUGUAAAUAACUGUAUGUAUACUCAUUAUUUUGUAUUGAAAUUUAAUAAAUUAUUUUUCAGACACACUUCUUUCUUUAUAAAUCAGUAAGUAAAUGAAAUGCAAAAUGGUUUGAGAAUAAUAAUAGUUUAUUAGACAUUAGUCUAUAGUUGUUAUAUUAUAAAUAAAAAAGGUACUUUGGA